UACCAAACCACCAAGCACUUUGUCUUCUCCAUUGAGUUUGAGUUACGAGAGAGAUAGAUCAGAGGGCUAAAAGAGAGAGAGGAAAGAUCAUGAUCAAGUUGAGGUCAAAGAGGUUUUGCAGAAGCAGCUCAAAGCUCAGUGGUGGUAGUGGAAAUGGCAACAAAAUCAAAGGAGGAGAAAAAGGGUGCUGUGGAGGCAUAAGUGAAAUCAAAUGGGAACUUCGACCUGGUGGCAUGCUUGUCCAAAAGAGAGACACUGGGGAAAGUGUGGGAGAGGGAAUGAUCACAGUUAGAGUCUCAUCAACUGUCUCAAAAUGGCAUGACAUCUCCAUUGAAGCCACUUCAACUUUUGGAGAAUUGAAGAUGAUACUGUCAUUGGUGACUGGUUUGGAGCCAGGAGAGCAAAGGCUACUGUUCAAAGGGAAAGAGAGAGAGGAUGGUGAAUACUUACACAUGGUUGGGGUUAGAGACAAGGACAAGGUGCUGCUGCUGGAAGAUCCAGCUACCAAGGAGAGGAAACAAUAUGGCUUGGCAGGAGACCAAUCAAUUGGGGCUCCCUUUCAUACCAUUAGUGUAUGAAUGAAAAAACUUAAUUAAACAUAUUGUUCAGUACUAACCAUUAAAAAAAACAAUGCUAAAACAAGGUGAUGAGUCCUUCUCCAUUUGGCUAGAUUAGGGACUGCUGCUUGUAUCCCUUUUUUCUGUGUGUGAGUGAGCAACUCUAAA